AUGGCAAUGGAUAAAGAGACACAAAGAAACGUAUUCAUUGUUGAUUUCGCGUUUGGACUGCCUUCUUUAGUUCCAUCGAUCGCACCAGGCCUCAAUGUUGCUGAUUUAACAAAAGGGAUUCAACAACAAGUUGUCGGCAUUGCUAAACAAGUUCAACGUUUGAAAAGAGCUCAAUUCACUGAAGAUGCUGAGGAAGGAGAAGACCUUGAUGAAGAUAGAUUCCGGAGUGGAUUUAUUCCGGAAGAGUCACCAGUCUCGGAUACAAGUAAAAUCGAGGCACCAAAAGAGACGGCAACACCAGCGUUUAGCAGUGAUCAGGCAGUGACUACAGAAGCCACCGUUCAAUGGCAACCGAGUUCUGAUUCAUCCGAUCGCGGAAUUGUGCAUUUUGGGGACGAUCGAGAAGAAACGGAUGAUCAUAUCGAUCAAUCCGAAGGUGAUACGGUGACAUUAUUCAAAGGAGAUAAAGGAUCAUAUUGCACUCGUUACGAGCAACAUUUCUCUUUUUUACUGCGUCGGCGACGUGGACAAGAGUGCACCGGAUGCUGUUCAAGUUUUAGAGCAAUUUUGUCCAUCGUACAAGAAGAAUUGCCCCGACAAAGCGACAGGAAGUGGCAACUUUGGCACUUGGCCAGCGAAUCCUUUCAGCAAGGAAAUCACAGUAAACAAGCCACCGUCAGAGGA